AUGGCUAUAUUCGACCCGCUUGGCCUGAUAUCGAACGUGCUAAUCUAUUUGAAGAUCCUGUUCCAAGAGAUUUGGCGCGCAGGCAUCGGUUGGGAUGACCUAAUACCUGAAAGCCUCAACGAAAAGUGGGAGAAAUGGUUGGAUAUCCUACCGAAGGUUCAGAAUGUCAGUAUACCCCGUGGUUAUCGCUCCCUGACGCAGCUCGGUCCGCAAACCAAUAUUCAACUGCAUACCUUCGUCGACGCUAGUCUGUCGGGCUUCGCAGCUGUCACCUAUCUACGCUUUGAGCAAGGUAGCACAGUGGAAUGUGCUAUAGUUGGGGCUAAAACUCGAGUGGCUCCCCUCAAAUUCUUGUCCAUUCCGAGGUUGGAGUUACAGGCUGCCGUUAUUGGAGUAAGGUUGGCGGAUAGGAUCAUGAAGUCGCUAUCGUUCAAGGUUCAUAAGCGAUUCUUCUGGACGGAUUUCCGUGACGUUUUGUGCUGGAUUCAAUCAGAUCAUCGACGGUAUUCGCAAUUCGUUGCAUUCCGCAUCAGCGAAAUCCUGGAAACAACAGAAGCAGCAGACUGGGGGUACAAGCGGUCGAAAGAGAACGUCGCGGACGAUGCAACGAAGUGGCAGGGAGUGCCAGACCUCACCGAGAACAGUAGAUGGUUCAAAGGCCCUAGCUUUUUAUGGGAAUUUCGCAGCAACUGGCCAUCCAAUCCGUACCGAGAGGAUACUACCGACGAAGAACUUCGAGCAAACAUCUUCUACCACCAGGCAAAACCUGCGCCAGUGAUAAACGUUGAGGAUUACUCGUCGUGGAAGCGCUUGUUGCGCGCAACCACCACAGCACUGAGAGCCGCUCACAACAUUCGCCAGAAUUCGGAGAACGGGAAACGGAUCACUGGCCCAUUGUCUGCUGAGGAGCUUCAACAAGCCACUAUCUACCUGUAUCGACUAGCUAGUGGAUGCUUUCCCGGACGAGAUAGGAAUUCUCAGCGCAGGAUCUGA